AUGGCGGUGUUGCCGGAAGUACCUGUGGCGACGGCAAAUGUGAAGAUCGAAGACAUUCAACUAUGCGGAUCCGACGGUCAAGCUCCAGAAGAGGUCGAGCGACUCCGCCAAAAGAUCUGGAAAUUCCGACACCUCUUGAUCGGGAAGGGAAAUGCCCUUCCGCCGGCAGCUAGAGGCUUGGUGUGCGAUAUUGACGUCGGGGAAGCGAGACCCAUCGCCCUCAAGUGCCGUAAGUUGCGGAUCCAGUUCAGGGAGAAGCUAGCAGACUUGAUCAAGGGUCUAUUGUCCGCCAAGAUGAUCAACUAUUCCAGAUCACCGUGGGCUUCCCCCAUUGUGGUGAUCAUCAAGAAGAAUGGCCAUUAG